GACUCCACCCCCCCAGAACCCCCUGCCCCUUAUCUAACCUCCCCACCCCCUUACCAUGCUGCUCAGAGCAGCAUGUGUGGCAGUCGUGCCGCCCGGCCGGAGCCAGACCUGCUCCUGCGCUGCCCGUCAGGAGCUUGCAGCCCUGCCACCCAGAGCACUGGCAGCAUGGCGAGCUGAGGCUGCAGGGGAGGGGGACCAGCAGGGGAGGAGCUGGGGCCUAGCGCGCGCCCCCCCAGCCAGGAGCUCACAGUCCUGCAGGCCAUAGUUUGCCCACCUUUGCCUUAGCUCCUCCAUCAACGUGAGCAGUUAUGAAAUUAAUUCGUUCUCUUUCUAUAUAGAGUGCUAGCUGAGAUAUACUUGUAUAGAGCCUAAAAUUAGUCUAAAGUUAUUAGGGUAGACUUAUGCUAAGAGUUCCAAAAAUAGGAGCCUAAAGCUAGGCUCCUAAAUCCAUAUUUAAGCAUCUGAAUAAAGAGACCUGAUCCUCAAAAGUGUUAAGGACCCAGCAGCUCCUGUUGUCCUCCCUUGAAAGUCUCUUCCACUAAAGAAGAUGAAGGCUCCUAAAGGGAUUUUUCAGCCUCGUCUAGUCUGCUAAAUCAGAAGUGCUGCCCAAUGUGGAUCUGGACACUGUCUUGGAGGAAGAACCAGUUAGGCUUCUAAGCUGCUACUUAUACCACAGCUCCUGCUGAGGCUGGCUUGACUGCUUUCUCCUCUCUUCUGAGGGGCAGCAGGGUCUUUUAAGACCUGGUAGGUAGAAUGGCAUCUGCUUUGGAUAUUCCUAUAGCAGCUUUGGUCCGCACGACACACUUGCUUUAGUCUGUCCAAAGGAGUGUUGAAUCCACCUGUCUCUGUGGCCUCAGUCUCUGAAUGGCUGUAGGUUUUUUGACAUGGUGAUAAAAAUGUCUGCACUGGGUCUACACUAGCUCACUCCACAGUGCAGUGGCACCAGUGCUAAACUAAUGCCAGGAAAAUCACUUGUGUAGACAAGGCCCAGGUGUGAAAGUCUCCUCCCUGUUCUAUCCCUUUAGAUAACAUUUCUGCUUCUUUUAACAUACACCAUUCUAGUAAACCUGUAAGGUUACUGUGGAAAUAGCCUGUAAUUAAUAGCUUUAUCUUCAAAUAAAUCUUUUUUUCCUCUGUAUUACUGUUAUAUACACAUUUUUCCUUGGGCAAGAGUGAGCUGUCUUCCUAAUAAUUUUAAAGAAAGCAUCAUUAAUAUUAGUGUGGGUUGGACUUUUCACUGGAAUGGAAAAAAUUGGUGCAGUUUGGAAAUGUAGUCUAAAGUCAGACAGAGAAAUGCAGAAGUGUAACAGGAGCAGAUGAAAAUAGCUUGUGCUGCUGAAACAUGGCACCCAGAUUCUCCCUUUGAGUCCCAUUACGUAUAUGACAAGCAAAAGGAGUAGUAAACAGCUUCUACUUAGCCAGUACCUACACAAUAUUUGUGGUUGUAUAAUAUAAGAACACAAGUGUAUACCCUCCUAUUUUAAUAUCUGGUAGACCAUUUUCCCCUCUCCCUUUAAGUACAGCCUGUUUCCCUUGAUGCUUGAUGUAGGUAGGUAGAGCUUCCUUUUUUCUAAAGCUUUAUUAGCCUCACAUUCUGCCCAUCGUGUUUGAAGCAUUUGGAAUUUGCCAGACUCCCAUUAUCGGAUAAAUACAGCUGCUGCCCAGGCCAUGCCAACCAUUUUAUUUACAAAUCGGAUAAAUGCAGUAUUGUUGCAAAACAGCAUCUUGGUACUUUUAGUGAUUUUUUUCCCCCUCCCAGUGUUGACAUCAGUCCUACCGCACUCCCUGCAGGUCAAAAGCGUAAAUGUAUAAACAUUGAUUCCAGUUUGAAAUUGCAGAUUUAAAAAAAAAAAUCAUUCUAUUUAUAUUUUAAAUUACCCCUUUGUGAAUACUUUUUGCAAUGAAAGAAAAGAGUUGUCGCUCCCCCCUCAGGACAUGAUUGGCGUGAGCUAUAGGGGUGUGGUACUAAGGAGACUGUGCAUACAGUGAGUAGUAUCUGUGGGCGGGCGGGUUUGGCAUGAGGCACACGUGCGUGUGCUGUAUGCACACACUGCAGAGGGUACACGUAUGGCUGUGUCAGAGGAGUGAGGUGCACUUACGAUGUGAGUGUAAAAUGCACGCAGAUGGCCCGGGUGCACGCAAGAGCCAAAUGAGGGGGUACACUGCACACUGCACCCCCCGCCACUGUUCUGCGCGCCAGGGUUUAAGCUUUAAUUCGUUUAGAAAAGCGUCGACGGGAUGCCAAGAAAACUUUCAAUCGUGAUCCGAAGGCGGGGCGGGGGGAAGCGAGAGUCGCCGCCGCUCGCGUCGGCCCCGGGCGUGUGCGGGGCAGGCUCGGAGGCGCCGCUCCGCCCCGGGGCGGGGCUCGCCGCUUUGGCGCCAGAAUUCGGAGCCCGGCUCCCGCCGCCAGCGCCCGGCCCGGUCCGGCCCCGCCAUGUGCGCCGCGGUGCCCGGCUACUCGCCCGGCUUCAAGAGGCCGCCGGAGACGCUGCGGCUGAAGCGGAAAAGGGCCCGGAGGAGCGAGGCCGCCUGCCCGCCCUGUCCCCGGGCGGACCCGGCCCCCACCCCGCGCCCUUUCCCCAGAGCCGGGCGGCGCAAUCCCUUCUCCAGCCUGGACAACGCGCCGCGCCCCGGCGCCGCCCGGCGCCGCCCCCCGGGCUCCCCCGAGCUGCAGGAGCAGCGGCCCUCACCGGGGAGCCGGACCCGCAAACACCCGCUCUGGCAGUUUUUAGAUCCUCUUCAAGAAAAUAAAUCCACCUGGAAAGAAGAGUGUUCUGAAAGAGCGGAUGUUACCACAUUAACCAAUGAUCUUCUACCUAUUUCCAUACCUGAUGUUUCCUCCUCACCAAGCACGGAAUUUCCUGCAGACUGGAGUAUUAAAACUCGACUUCUGUUCACUUCUUCCCAACCUUUUACUUGGGCAGAGCAUUUUAAAGGCACAGAAGAGGCUCAAGGAUUUGCCCAGCACUGUAGAGCAACAUCAGUCAAUUUCCCACAAAGCAUACAGGAACCAAAGCUGUCCACGGAACUUCGCUGCGCAUUCCAGCAAAGUCUUAUUUAUUGGCUUCACCCUUCACUGCCAUGGCUACAGCUAUUCCCUCGUAUUGGAGCAGAUAGGAAAAUAGCUGGAAAGACUACUUGGUCACAUGGUGAAACACUGCAACAAGUUCUAAUGAGUGAGUGGUCGGUCAGUUUUACUUCCCUAUAUAAUCUUCUCAAAGCCAAGCUGUGUCCAUUUCUAUGUUGUACCUACCAAUUUACUGUGCUGUUUCGUGCAGCAGGCCUUGCAGGAAGUAAUGUGAUCACAGCUGUUAUUUCCCCUACAACCAGGGGUUUAAGGGAAGCCAUGAGAAAUGAAGGCAUAGAAUUUUCUUUACCUUUGGUAGAAGAAACUAGGAGCAAGACUCAGAAAAACUCUGAAACAAACUUGGAUACAGAAGUUAACAGUCCUGAAACAGGCAAAAACACUGAAGAUGGAGAGGAACAAGGAGUGAGUGACGAUGAAAGUUUCUCUUGGCUUGAGGAGAUGGGAGUCCAAGACCAGAUUAAAAAGCCAGAUGCAAUUUCUAUCCAACUCCGUAAAGAGAAAAAUGAAGUGCAAGUGGAUCACAAGCCUGAAUCUGUUGCGUUAGUGAAAGGAACAAACACAUUCGUGUUGCUGAACUUCUUGAUAAACUGUAAGAGUUUAGUGGCUGCUGCAGGCCCUCAAGCAGGGCUCCCCCCAACACUGUUGUCCCCAGUUGCUUUUCGAGGUGCAACAAUGCAAACGCUCAAGGCUCGAAGCAUCAAUGUGAAAACACCGGUUCACUCAUGUUAUAAUGAUAUAUUUAGCUUGGAGAUCACGGGUCCUGUCAUGCCUCAUUGUCUGCAUACUUUGACCAUGCUGCUCAAAUCUGCACAGAGGGGAGCUUUUUCUGCUGUAUUAUACACCCAUGAGCCAACAGCAGUGUUUAACACUAAUAUAGAGAGAAUCUUAAAUAAGGAAACUAUGUGCAAGGACCUCACUAAGUGUGGAUUGCAUCUUAAAACCUUGGAUCAAUUGAUUCAACUUCCAACAUUAGGAAAGUCUUCCAUACGACUCCUAGAAAUGAGAGACUAUGCUUACACCUGGAAAUCCUAAGUAUGCUAUUUUAGUUCAUGAAAUGAGACUAGUAGUCUUUGGUCAACACUCUACAGAUGCUAUUGUGUACCAGGAGGGGAGAAUUGCCUACUUGCGAAAGCUUUUGGAUGUAGUGGAGAAGAACUUCUGUUGCACACAUCAUCACUCAUAAGGCAACUUCCAGUGGAAAAACAAAUAUUCUGAAUAGUUCAGCAAGAACACUGCCCCUCUCAAUACCUGCAACAGCUGCAUUUGUCUUCAAUGUUUUUAAAUAAAAUGUUUUAUAAACAA